UGGUUUGUAUGGGUCAUAGUUUCGCGUCCAGGAGAGAGUGGCCGCGACGCGCGGAGCUGAAUCAUGGCGGCGGUCGAUAUAAGAGAUAAUUUGCUGGGAAUUUCCUGGGUUGAUAGUUCAUGGAUUCCAAUAUUAAACAGUGGGAGUGUAUUGGACUAUUUCUCAGAGCGUAGUAAUCCAUUCUAUGAUCGAACGUGCAACAAUGAAAUGGUCAAAAUGCAAAGGCUAACCUUGGACCACUUGAAUCAAAUGGUUGGAGUAGAAUACAUUCUUCUACAUGCACAAGAGCCAAUCCUUUUCAUCAUCCGUAAGCAGCAAAGACAGAACCCAACACAAGUUAUCCCAUUGGCUGAUUACUACAUUAUUGCUGGAGUAAUUUAUCAGGCACCUGACUUGGGGUCAGUUGUAAACUCAAGAGUGCUCUCUGCGGUACACGGAAUCCAGUCGGCUUUUGAGGAAGCUAUGUCUUAUUGUCGCUAUCACCCCUCCAAAGGUUAUUGGUGGCAUUUCAAAGAUCAAGAGGAACGAGAUAAAGCCAAACCAAAAACAAAGAAGAAGGAGGAACCAAGCUCUAUUUUCCAGAGGCAACGGGUGGAUGCAUUACUUCUAGAUCUGAGACAAAAAUUUCCCCCUAAGUUUGUGCAGCAAAAAUCUGGAGAAAAACCAGUCCCAGUGGAUCAGAUUAAGAAAGAAUCAGAGCCAGCACCUGAAGCUGUAAAACAAGAGGAGAAGGAAGCUGCAAAGACCACACAACAGAGCACUUCUGCUAAAGGACCACCAGAGAAACGAAUGAGAUUACAGUGACAGAAGGGAAAAUGACUUUUGUAACUAGUGAGGACUUGGUGAAGAAACUGAGGUAAAUAAGUUAGCUAUUUAAAAAUGGGACAGUGAACUGUGACCUUUCCAAAAUUCCAGCCCUUGGUGUUUUUUUUUUAUGUUACAAACUUACAGUAACUUUCAGGAUGGAAUGACCUAUUUUUGUGUUCAAGGCUGAAUUUUCCUUUGUGAAUCUUUUGAGGACUUUUUUAGGCUCUGAUAUUUUCAAAGUGUAAUCUCAUACUUUUUAUUAGUGUCUUGCUGUAGUCUGAAACAUCUUUAUCUUUCAUAAAUAGAGCUUGGCUCUAUUGUUCUAUCAGGUCUUUUCCAAACAAAUUGGUUGCAGCAGUUCAGAGGUCGUUCUUUUUUGGAAUUUUCACUUUCUCACUAAGAUUACAUUCAAAGUGAGAUAGAAGAUCUUCUUUUCCACAACUUGGAUUAUUGUAUUGAUCAUUAGUGAUUUUUUUCCCUUUUCAGUUUAUUCUUUGAACAGCUUACGCAGAUGCCCAUGAUUUUGAUACUUGCUUAAAUAUUGAAGUACAAUAGCCAGUAAAUAAGAGUAUAGUAAUAUUCCAUAGGCUUAGCUUCUCUCAAUUACUGUAAUUUUUUUUUGAAAUACGGGUUGAGGCUUUAUAUGUAUAGAAUAUUAUGAGGAAGUUAUUCUCUGGUAGUUUCACUACACUAGCUAGGGACAUCUUACUCCCCACAGAGAAAAGCCCUGUAAAGUAAUUGUCAAUAAAAUUAUGUUAUAAUCUGUGA